UUUUUAAUCUUGAAAUUGGAAAGGCCAGCAAUUGUUCAGAGCAUCACCUUUGGGAAGUAUGAGAAGACUCACGUCUGCAACUUGAAGAAGUUUAAAGUGUUUGGUGGGAUGAGUGAAGAGAACAUGACAGAGCUUUUGUCCAGAUUCUGACAGGAGCCUGUUGCAGUGAUGGCUGAUAUCCAGGCAAUGUUCGAUCAGGUCAGAGUCUCAGAAAAGGACAUCAACUUUCUCUGCUUUCUGUGGUGGCCUCAGGGCAAUUCCAAGCAAGCUCCAGUGGAAUAUCGCAUGACCGUUCACCUGUUUGGAGCUGUGUCGUCACAGAGUUGUGCGAAUUAUGCACUAAGGAAGACUGCAGAUGAUAACCAGUUCUCUACAGAAGUGGUCAGUACCAUCAACUGCAAUUUUUAUGUGGAUGACUGCUUAAAGUCUUCAGAGGAGGAAGCAGUACAGAUGCUGAAAGACCUGACUGACUUCUGAUGUAAAGGGGGGUUUAACUUCUCAAAGUGGAUAAGCAACAGCCGCACAGUUCUGACAUCAAUUCCGGAGGAAAGCACUCCAGUGGUGUGUGGAUACAGACAAGUUCAAGUUCAGAACUACAGUGCAAGAACGACCACAGACAAGAAGAGGCAUUCUGUCAGUGGUCAGUUCCCUAUAUGAUGCAGAAAAGACGUGCUCCAGAGAGAGUUGCAAUUUCAAAUGCAAAGAUCAACUUUUUGGACAGACAGUACAACAGUCCUAAAAUACAUCAGCAAUGAAACUAAGCGUUUUCACACCUGUUGUUUGUUGUUGCAAACAGAACAGCUGUCAUAAGAGAAGUAACUGAUGUUGAACAAUGGAGAUAUUUUGCUUCUAAGGAGAAUCCAGCUGAUGAAGCAUCCAGAGGAAUAAAAGUGGAAGACUUCCUGAUAAGCAAAAGUGGCCUUAAGAAUGACUACAACAAGGAAACGUUCACCUUAAAGCACAAGAUUGACGAGCAGAUGUUUCCCUGCAGAUUUGUCAAAAUAGUGCCUCUGAUGUCUUGGGGUCCUAGUUUUAAUUUCAGCAUCUGGUACAUUGAGCUGCAUGGUAUCGAAGAUCCUGAUGUGGUGCAGCCCUGCCUUAAUUGGUACAGCAAGUACAGAGAACAGGAAGCCAUCCGCCUUUGCCUCAAGCACUUCCGACAGCAUAACUACACAGAGGCCUUCGAGUCACUGCAGAAGAAGACUCGGAUUGCACUGGAGCACCCAAUGCUCACCCACCUGCAUGACCGGCUGGUGCUGCAAGGAGACUUUGACGCCUGUGAGGAGCUCAUAGACAAAGCUGUGAGAGACGGCUUGUUUAACCAGUAUAUCAGCCAGCAGGAGUACAAGCCCAGGUGGAGUCAGAUCAUCCCGAAAUGCAACAAAGGUCCAAGCACCCAAGAAAUCAACCGAGACGACAUGAACAGUGAUGGUGACGACAACAGGCCAGGGAUGAGGGGAGGACAUCAAAUGGUCAUUGACGUCCAGACUGAGACAGUGUACUUGUUUGGGGGCUGGGACGGCACACAGGACCUGGCUGACUUCUGGGCCUACAGCGUUCAGGAGAACCAGUGGGCCUGCAUCUCCAGAGACACUGAGAAAGAGAGUGGUCCGAGUGCACGUUCGUGCCACAAGAUGUGUAUUGACUCCCAGCGGCGUCAGAUCUACACGCUGGGCCGGUACCUGGACUCCAGCGUCAGGAACAGCAAGUCUCUGAAGAGUGACUUCUAUCGGUACGACAUUGAUGCCAACACCUGGACGCUACUCAGUGAGGACACGUCAGCUGACGGAGGGCCAAAGUUGGUGUUUGACCACCAGAUGUGCAUGGACUCGGAGAAGCACAUGAUCUACACGUUUGGCGGUCGCAUCCUGACAUGUAACGGCAGUGUGGAGGACAGUCGGACAUCAGAGCCUCAAUUCAGCGGCCUGUAUGCCUACCACUGCCAGGCCGGAACUUGGAGCCUCUUGCGGGAAGACUCGUGUAACGCUGGGCCAGAGGACGUCCAGUCCCGCAUCGGACACUGCAUGCUCUUCCACACUAGAAACCGCUGUCUGUACGUGUUCGGAGGUCAGAGGUCAAAGACGUACCUCAAUGAUUUCUUCAGCUAUGAUGUGGAUGGAGACCAUGUAGAGAUCAUAUCUGAUGGCACCAAGAAGGACUCAGGAAUGGUGCCGAUGACGGGCUUUACCCAGAGAGCAACCAUCGACCCCGAGCUCAAUGAGAUCCACGUCCUGUCGGGCCUCAGCAAAGACAAGGACAAACGUGAGGAGAACGUCCGCAACUCCUUCUGGAUCUACGACAUUGCCCGCAACAACUGGUCAUGUGUAUAUAAAAACGAUCAGGCAGUGAAAGAAAACCCGAGCAAAGCUCUGCAGGAGGAGGAGCCGUGUCCACGCUUUGCACACCAGCUGGUCUACGAUGAGAUGCACAAGGUGCAUUACCUGUUUGGUGGAAAUCCCGGAAAGUCUUGUUCUCCCAAGAUGCGCCUGGAUGACUUCUGGUCCCUCAAACUGUGUCGGCCCUCCAAGGAGUACCUGCUCCGCCACUGCAAAUACCUCAUCAGGAAAUACAGGUUUGAGGAGAAAGCCCAAUCGGAGCCACUAAGUGCACUAAAAUACCUACAGAACGACCUUUCACUGACAGUGGACCACACAGACCCUGAUGAGACAAAAGAGUUCCAGCUUCUGCCCUCGGCACUCUUCAAGUCCAGCUCUGACUUCAUCCCUCUGGGUUUCUCAGACGUAGACCAGACGUACGCUCAGCGGACGCAGCUCUUCGACACGCUUGUCAACUUCUUCCCGGACAGCAUGACCCCACCCAAGGGCAACCUGGUAGACCUCAUCACGCUCUAGCCCCUCCCACCUCUGACACACCCACUCCUUCCCCAUCACUUCACCCACUGGACUAACUGAACACCUACUCAUCCGCGCACCUGACGGGAUGGAGGUAACAGAGACCAGUUAUUUUUCUAUUCCUGAACCCUGCUCGUGGGAUUACACUUCAUCUGGAACCUCCUGCUGUCACAGCCUGCGUUGCCUGAUGGUGAGGGUCCUAAACACACACAUAAACACAACACUGUGUUAUUUGGAUAUGAGCGAAACUCCACGACCUGAGGUGUGUGUUUUACUUUUCCCAAGAUAUCUCUUUGAUUUUUUUUUCUUGCUGAUGAACAUUUCUUGGAGCACGCAAAGCCCCUCUAAAUGCCAAAUAUCGCUUGUGUUUUUCAUUUUAUUUUAUUUUUGUCCCUAGAAAAGUUAUGGCCAAAAAGAGGAUUUGCAGACAUUUGGUUGCAGUCUUUUUUCAUAGAUUUUUCCCCCCUUUUUUUAAGUGUUUGAUUUGUGCUUUGUACCCAUGCAAACGCCCACACAGUCGACCACAGGCAUCCAUCCACAUGUUUGGAGCAUAACAGAUGAUGAGAUGACGUCUGUUCAGCCAGUUGUUGAGAAAGUUAAGUUUAAAUUCACUGGUUGUUAAUUUAUUUGACAGGAUAAGACAGGACGGUGUGAUCAUGAUACAGGAAAUCACUUCACUCUCCAUAGGUACAGGUUCUUUUGGUAAAAUUGUAGUAUCUCUCCUGCAAAAUCUUAUGUAAAAUUUAAUUUUGAUGAUUUGGUUAGCUUGCUUUUCUGUAACAAAUGCCCCCUAUUUAUGAUUGUGACGGCCACACAGAGGCAAAUCGUCAAAAAAAAUAGUAGUGUUGUAGGAACAAUAGAAGAAUGAUUCUAUGAGAUAACAUUUAAUAUAUAUCUAAAUAUACCUUUUUUAUAUUGGUUUUGGUUGUUAUCCCUGUAAAACUGGCUGGUAAAUGUGGAUAUAGUACAGGAGACAUGGUGAAGUUUUGAAUUUUUUUUCCUCAGUAAUUAAUGGACUUUAAAUUCAUUCUAAGUGGCUAAAUGGUGUACAGAAUAUGUAAAUAUAAGUAUAGGACUUUUUUGGAUUGAACAGAUUCUGUGCUGGAUCAUGUUCUUUCUUGUCCCUCUUCAUCAAAAAGUCAGGGUCCACAUACAGUAACUUUCUGGCUCUAUAUUUAAUACUCAUUAUUACUUAUUGGAAAUAAUUUAAAACAAUUGGUGUGCAUGUGUGAAUUAAGUGCUGGAGCCAGUAAUCCAGUUUGACAGAGUGGGGAGAGGCAUUUUAGAUCUUUUUUGUCAUAGUGUGUUGACAGGAUGUUCUUUCAGUGUGAUUAAUUUAUGGGUGAAAUGUUCCUCUUUUUUUCUAAAAAUCCCAAAUGUGCCCCUAGAUUUGUGAAAUAGAUGGCAUGGCUGAGUAGAACCAGCCAAGCCUCAGUGUCAUGCAUUACAACCAUGUGGAGUACAAACUUGUCAGGUAUUAUACCACAGCCACAUGCCAACAAAAUGCCAUAUGUCAUCAAAUUAAAAACACUAGUUACAUUAUUUUAAAAUAUAUUUUUAGCCAUGCAAGCAGCACGGCUCUAGGAAUGGCAAUGUUGGUCUGUUGGUCCACCUCUUUAGUCCAGACUGAAAUAUCUCAACAACUACUGGACGGAUUGAUUAAAUUUGGUUCAGACCUCCCCGUGCUCCCCAGAGGAUGAAUCCCUGACUUUGAUGAUCCCUUGACUUUUCAUCUAGCGCCAUUAUGAGGUUGACAUUUGUGGUUCAGAGUGAAAUAUCUUGUCAACUACUGGAUGGAUUGCUAUUGAAUUUGCUUCAGAUAUUCAAAGUCUCUUGAGGAUAAAUUGUUAUUACUUUGGUGAUCUUCUGACUUGUACUGUAGUGCCACCAGCAGGUCAACGUUUUCACUUGUUCAGUGAAAUAUCUCAACAUCUACUUGAUGGAUUGGCACCAAAUUUGGAACAGACAUUCAUGGUUCCCAGAAGAUGUAUUCUAAUGUCUUUGGUGAUCCCCUGACUUUUAUCUUGCGCCACCAUGAGGUUGACAUAUUUGGUUCUUAUUGAAUUCAUGUCCCCCUCAGGAUGAUUUGUAAUAACUUUGAUCUCCUAACCUUUCAUUCAGUGCUUUUUUUUUAGUAAAUGUUAGCUUGCUAACACACUAGACUAAGAUGGUAAACAUAAUACCUGCUAAUCAUCAUCAUGCUAGCAUGUUAGCAUGCUGGUGUUUAGUAUUUAACUCAAAGUACAGCCUCACAGAGCCUCUAGUGUGGCUGUAGACUCUUAGUUUUGUUGAUCUUGCUUUUCUGUUUUUAGUACCGUGAAAUGUAGUCCCUGUACCCCAGAAUUCUGCUUGCAUUGCCAGGCAACUCUGUCCUCCUACCACUGUUAGUUGAUCCGGACGUCCAGAUUCACACAAAUAUCAAACACGUUUCAAUUUCAAUUUUGUUUCAAUCUUAUUUUAUUGGUUACGCAAAUAAGCCUAUCUCCAAGCUCUUUAGCUAAGCCUCACUGUGGCUGUCUUCACCGAUAGUUGAAGUCAUUGGUGUCCGAUUGUACUGCCCAGUUACUAAAAGUUAAUCCCCACCUGCCAGCCAAAUCUAGAUCAGAAUCUAGAAUUUUCAGUCUCCAUGGUAGAAUUUAAUUUCACAGACAGACCUGGUUGCUGUUAUUUGACUCAUUCAAUAGAAGUCUACCAGACAUGAGUUGGUUUUAGUUGACACAGAAGACUUUCACACACAACUGGCUGCCUCUUAAGUCUUUGUUACACAUCCUACAAAAACUGAACACUAGUGAAAAGUUAUCGCUUUGGUCUUCUUAAUCUCCCUUGAGAAACACUAUUCAGAAAGAGACAGUGACAGGGAUUUUCUGUGGUCAUCAUUCAAAGGUUAUUAUGUCUGAUAAUGGCAACAUGGUUCUUACACCCAUAGGCAGCGUGUGAAACAGCAGAUUUGUAGUUCAACUGUAUGUAGUAAAUAAAGAAGGGACACCCAAAGGUUCCUACCAACACAGUAACUCUGUCAGACGCUAACGCAUUGUUCAUUGGUCAGGUGAAAGCAACAAAUGAUUGUCUCCAAGUCCUACAUUUAAAACAACUGUGGUACAUCAGAACCCUACGUGACUUGUCAUUCUUGGCACAUCUGCUACGACUGUUAACCACAAUUUGUACAUAAUUUGUGUGUAAUGUACAGGAUCAGUACUAUCUAUGAGCUUGAAGAACAUUGAGGAAAAAUGACAUCAUUAGGUCAGUUUAACAAGAGGGCAGAGUUGGGUAAAAAGUUGGUUUGUUCAUUGUGUAACUUAAUGGCAAAUUUAAAAAAUCUUUCAUGUUUUACACUAUUUUGACUUGAGGGUCACAUCUCUAAUCAGAGUGAAAUUUAAUGUUGAGUCACAGAUGCUAACUGAGACUUUAAGAUCAGACAUGAACUAGUUAACUUAUGAGUCCCUCUUUAGUAGCAUUUUAUAGAGAAUGAUUUAAAUUAUUGCACUUAUUUUGAAAUUAAAGGACCAUACUGAUGUUUUGCAGGUUAAAGGCCAUAUCAUUACAAGUCAUGUACUGUAAAGUUAAAGUGAGCCUAUGUAACAUUUGCUCAACUACAGUUGAGUCAAACUAAGUUUCCAAUUACAGGAUCCAUCCUAAAUGCUUGCACCAGUUUGUGUCUCUCAUGUAUUAUCAUUACAUUUUAGUCACAGAGCAAAGAAUCAGUUUUUCUGAAAGAUAAAUCCCUGUUGAUCUUUGAAAAACCCAGAAGUUCCUUUAACAACACUUGCAGAAAAAUUAAACUUUACUGUGUGUAAAAAAAAUUAAUUUAAAAAAAGCUGCUAUAGUGUUACAAAUUAAAGGUCCAGUGUGUAGGAUUUAAUGGCAUCUAGCGGUGAAAUUGCAGUUUGCAACCAUUUGAAUACCGCUCACCUCACCCUCCCCUUGCAAGCGUGUAGGAGAAACUACGGUGCCCACGAAACUCACGAAAAACACGAAAGGCCCUAUCUAGAGCCAGUGUUUGGUUUGUCCGUUCUGGGCUACUGUAGAAACAUGGCGGUGCAACAUGGUGGCCUCUGUGGAAGGGGACCCGCUCCCUCUGUAGAUAAAAACUGCUCAUUCUAAGGUAACGAAAACACAAAGAUUCUUAUUUUCAGGUGAUUGUACAUUAAUGAAAACAAACUUUAUUAUAUUCCAUUUCUGCCAAUAGCUCCUAAAUGUUACACACUGAACCUUUAAGCAAGUACAUAGGUCAUUUCCAGCUAGCAUCUUAUGUAGAUUAGGAAAUGGUUUCACAACUUGAGAAGCAGGUUAAAAAUCUUUUUUUGUUACAGCAGACAAAAUAUUUUUUUUUAUCCAGGUAGACAGAAGAGUCUUUGAGGAUUCUGGAAAUACUGUGAAAACAGCAAUAAGUAUGAGUUUUUUUCAAAGAUCACCAGUGAUUUAUUUUUUAGAAAAUCAUUUGCUUAGUUCUGUGACUCAGAUGUAACUAUAAUAUAUGAAAGGCACUAACUGGGGCUAGGUAAAUGCUAAAGACUCAGUAAGCCAGUGAACUGACUUAGUAAUGUUAGUUACACAGCAAAACCCCUUGUAUUAAAGUGAGCAAGAGUGACUUUAAUUGCUUGUGAAUUAAACUUUUCAUUUGUAAGAGGAAGAAUAUGUUAAAGUGUUUCCUGCAUUGCAGACAGCCGUUUCAUUUUAUUUCACUAUGCUGUGAAAAUCAGCUUACAGAGACUUGUAACUUAAUAAUAAUAAUAAUAAUAAUAAUAAUAAAACAAAACAAAACAAAACCAGACAUGUUCACAAUAUGUCACAAGUAAAAAUAGAUUUUUUUGUAUGGUGCUGAAGUGAACUGAAACCAGCUGCUAGGUGGAAGGCAGGGGAACAACUACAGUAUGCUUUGAAAAAAAGGUUGGCAGUGAUGUUAGAGGAAUAGUUAGACAUUUUUUACUUUCUUUCUGAGACUGUUAGCUGAGAAGAUCAAUACCGCCCUCAUGUCUGUACACUAAAUAUGAAGCUUAGCACAAAGACUAGACUAGUGACCCCCCUGUUUCCAGUCUUUCCAGUUAAGCUAACCACCUGUUUGCAUGUGCUUUAUAUUUACAGUACAGGCAUGAAAGUGGUGUCAGUCUUCUCAUCUGACUCAGCAAGAAAGCAACUAAGCACAUGUCCCAAAAUGUCCAACUAUUCCUAUAAGGGUACAUGAUUUGUAGCAAAUGAAAGAGUGUUAUGGUCCUUUAAGUGUCAGACAGAGCUUCUUAUCUCCUACAAACCCUGUGAAUGGAAUUGUUUGGUGCUUUACAUUGAAUGCACUUAAUGUGGAAUCUGUAUCUGGUGAAGUCACUUCCUCACUUGCUUUGUCCUGGUUUUAAAUGUAUAAUGUGCGUAUUAAUACAACAGAUUACACUGUUGUAUAAAAUGUCAGAUCCCAUCAGGAUAUUGUUUACUAUGAUUGGGGGUGCGCUUUAGCAUCAGCACACAGACAGCAUUUGAUUCCAUAAAUUCAUCAGUCUAGGAAAGUACAACCUGUAGCGAUUUACCGCAGUUGUUUUUGUGUGUUGGUUUGUUUUGUUUGAGGGGGAAGAUGGUACGUGCGUUGUCUGUUCAUGUUAUGCCAUGCUUCUUCUGCCCUGACACCUACUAAAUGGAAACAGGUGGGUGAUUUUAAAAAGAAGAAACCAGAACAAAAACCGAUGCGUAUAGCUAAGUGAAAAUGCUGUGCGAGGUAUUGGUUAUAUUUUGACAACAUUUUGGGCUCAUCAUGCUUGCCGUAGCAUUUAUUUUUGUUUUGUGCCAGAAGAAAACUGUGUUUAAAAAGACUAAUUGAAAGCACCUUUGAAAAAAAAAAAAAAAAAACACAAUGCCAAAUACUACUUUUUCUUUCUGUUAUUUUAGGAUAAAUAUCCUCCGCACAACAAUGUUUGCUGGAUGGAAUGUUAUUUUCUCUUCUUUUCUUUCCAUCUCGCCCUCCUCUCGACGCCUGGGUGGGACUCAGGAGUUUUAAGGCUGGUACUCUCAGAUCAGUAAGCACUACUCUGUGGAUACAGUGAAUGUGUAGAAAGCCUUGUAGUAUUGCAUUGUAUGUAAUGUAUAUAAUGAAUAAAGAUUGUAUUUUGUUCAGGUUUUCUUAA